AGCCAUUUUGGCUCAAGCCGCGUCGCGCGCCCCACCAUCUUGGCUCAUCCAGGCUUGGGACGGCUCGCAACGUUUCUGAGUUGCGGCAUCGCCUCGAGUGAUGGUUCAUAAACAUUCGGCAGGACGGCUCCGUGACCGACGCCUUCGCGCUCGCCUUCAGGUCGCUGCACUAUCGAAGUUGACUCUCGUAUUCGACAGCCAGCCCAAGAUGUUUUGCGUUCUAUGGAAAUGCAUGUUCGGCAUGACGAGUUGAAUCCUGUUCCGCACCAUCAUGCUCGCCUGGCUUCAUUGGCAGCUCGGGAGCAGCUGUCUGCAGCUGAGUUUGCCAUGUCGCAGCGCGUCCACAAGUCUGCUGGCAGGGCCAAACACAAUGUGAGUAGGAUCGCAAUGCACGCCGCCGCCCAGAGUGGUGCCCCCCGUGCUCGUGAUGACCAGUUGUCUUUUGUUGCUUCGUCAGUCCCGUCUGCAGACGCACCUGUUCAGCCUUGUGGAAGGAUUCUCGCUCGGAGGUGGCGGCAUGGUCAGACACGGCUUCGGCGAUAUGCUACUGUAUUUUACCCCUUCGGAGGUGGGUUGCGUUCCCACGCUUUGGGCGCAUGAACCUUCUGAGGGCCUCUGUGACCACGGUGUGUGCUGGGCCGACGGGCUAGAGGGCGACACGCCAUGGUCUUUCUGCAGCUCUCCCGCGUUUACUUUACCUCCGUAUGUUCCCAGUGUAUGUGGCGACGACUUGUUUCUUUUCAACUGUUAUGAUGCGGGUGCUCUUGGUUCAGCCGCUCAGCAGAUUUAUUAUUGCCGCCGCAUCUCUCACGAGACACAGCUGUGGCUCGCCGCCAUUGAGCAGACGUCCGAGAAGCAGUUUCAGUGGAUGCGGGGGCUAGAAGAUAUGAUAUCUACUGUUGUUCCGAUUGGCUCUCUGGCCCAAUUACGCGAGGGCUCGGACAAGGCUUUGCACGACCUUGAGGAGCAGUCCGUGGAGGCCUUCCAGCUCUUGGAUUCUAUAAUCCAGGCGCUCCGUGAGGAGGUCGUGGGCUCUCAACGUUUGGUUGUUGCCAAGAUUGAUUGCCGUUUCAGCCGUAUCCCAGAUCUUGCGCGGUUCGAGGCCACAGCUGUGUCUGUUACUGAUGCGCUUCGUUCCGAUCAUGCCCGGGUGGAGGCAGCCAUUCGCCUGCACAGAGACCACAUCGAGUCCUUCGUCCAAUCGGGUGUUGCGGAAUGCCGCAGCGUGCUUGCCGCGGAGACCUCCAAGCUCAAGGCGGUUGUGGUUGACCCCUCGGCGGCCACGGUCAAACGGUGGGUUCGGCGGCCCCUCGAUCGUCUAUGGGAUGACGGUCAGCUUCUCGUGGGCUCGCAUUGCUCCCAGGUGAACGAUUUCUUGUCGUCCACGCGCGAGCAGAUUCUGAUCGAGUCCCACGCGGUGUUUCAUGGCUUCUCCGCAGAUGUGUCGGCGCUGCGGGACUCCGCCGCGCUGGUGCAGGAUUUCAGGAGUUCCCUUUCUUUGACUUCGGACCUGAAGGUUCAGGUCGCUGCCCACGAGCAGGCCCUUCAUGAACUGGCCGCCCUGGUGGGCUCUGUCGUUUCUCAGAAUACGGGUCUGAUUUCGAAUGCGGUCGGCUCGACCUUCAAGCAGCUCACGGAGUCUGACAUCAUUUGUAUUGCCGUGCGUGCCGGGCUGGCUCGGUCGGCGGUUCGUGCUGUUUCUGGCCGUGAUCGUGUCCGCGUCGGCGGUCUCGUGCCUGCUGCCGUUUCUUCUUCGUCCUCUUCGGGCUCGCUCCUUGAUGACGACGAAUGGUGUGGCGUCUGUGGUGGUCGCAGAUCUCACACGUUCUCCAGGCUGACUUGCGCCUGCCUGCUCGAGGAGGAGACGAAUUGAUCGACUUGACGGUGGUCACGUCGUGUGCUGCCCCGUCUACUCCCUCGCUCUGCUGCUUCCUCGCAUUUUGUGGCGCUGGAGCACGGCGUCGGGUUGUAUUGCGAAGGCCUUACGGCCGGUGCCGCCGACCCUGGAGGCCUCACGAGGCGUGAGGUUGCGGCCAGGGGCGCCCGUGCCGCCUUCAUGGGGGCGGCGGGCGCGGCUCGGCCCACCGGCGGGGCGGCGCGGGCUGGCUCAGUGCGC